CAAAUUAUUAUCGUCUAUGUUUUUCGUGAAUGAGAACGUGUAUGCUCGUUGGAACGAACGAACGAACGAACGAACGAAGGAACGAACGAGUGAACGACUAACAACCAACCAACCAAACAACCAACCAACCAAGGGAAGGCAUGGAACGUAUUUAGGUUGGUCCACGACAAAUUUAGAUCAGUGCGUGUGAGAGUCGCCAUCGGCCUAGUGAAACUAUUGCACCGAGUAAACGCCAUUUACUUCUCUUUAAUUAUUCGACGUGUCUCGACGUUAUCGAAAAUAAAUUGAAAAGGAAGAAAAAGACAAGGAAAAAGAAAAAAGAAAAAAGAGGAAGAUAGAAAUAUCAACGUGUAAAAAAAUUAAUCACGUUUCCGUGACGAUUUCAUUGUGUGAAAAAAAAGAAAAAAAAUCAUCGAAAGAGAACAAAAUUAAAGAAACGUAGGAAAGAAAAAAAGGGAAAAAGAAAUGAAAAAAAGUCCCCAGUGAUAAUAAUUGUGAUGAAAGAAGAUCAGUGAUUGAUAAUCCAUAUUAUUUUUAUCAUUUCGAUCGUAUGAUUACCUAAAAGACAAAUUCUCAAAAGUGAUACCGACAACGGACUGCCAGUAUUAUAUCUAUUAUGGCUUCGUACCGACGCAACGUCGUUCUACCUUUCAUCGUGUUAACUCUCUUAAAGCUGCUUCCGUACAAUCAGGGCGCUUCUCGACCCAUAAAAAUUGGUGCUAUCUUUCAUCAAGAUGAAAUGGAAUAUAAAGCAGCUUUCGACAGAGCCAUCUUAGAUACAAUACAAGAAAAUCCAGCACCGGCAUUCAAAUUACAAUCGAUUAUCAAAAUGGUGGAUAGUAAUAUCGAUAGUUUUAAAACUAAACUCGCAGUCUGCGAACUUUUGGAGGAAGGCGUAGCGGCGAUCUUUGGGCCCUCGAGCCCUCACACGCGAGGUAUAGUCGCUAGUAUAGCUACGCACUUCGACAUACCACAUUUUGAAUAUGUUUGGCGUGAACAAGAAAAAUUAGAUCCCAACGUAAACGAAAGUCUUACGCCAAUGACGAUCAAUAUUUAUCCCGACAGUGAAAUGGUCAGCAAGGCUAUCGCGGAUGUUGUGAUUUGGAACGAAUGGAAAAGCUUCGUGGCGAUUUACGAAACGAACGACGGACUGUCAAGGAUUCAAAAAGCUCUUACGAUGAAAAGGCAAAGGGAUAAUCCAAUCACGAUUCGUCAUCUUGGUGCUGGUCCUGAUUAUCGUUCUGUAUUAAAAGAAGUUGGUACGCUGCCGAUCGAUAACAUUAUUCUCGACGUUAAACCGGAGAAUAUAAUGACUAUUUUAUAUCAAGCUAAGGAAGUCAAUUUGAUUCGAGAGUAUACAAAUUUCAUCAUAACCUACAUGGACUCAUCGAAACUACCAAUUCUGGAAAUACGAAAUGGUACAACCCAGGGUAACAUUACGGGUUUCAGUCUGCGACAGAAUAAUGUCGACGGUAUCAACUUGGCAGAGAGCGCGAUCCUUUAUGAUGCUGUCUUCCUUUUGUACAAUGCUUUGAAAAUCCUAUAUGCAAGGAACAGUGAUAACGAUGAUUCUAUUUCUAUCAUCCCGGUACCGCUCUCUUGCGACGAUGAAAAGAAAUAUGAGGCAGGUCCCAACAUUACCAGCAUCAUACGAGAGCUACCAAUGAAAGGGCAAAUAACAGGAUUAAUCUGUUUCGAUGAGAAUGGUCGUAGACGUAACUUCGAACUUCGUCUUUUGGAUUUUCGUGGUUUUAGCAGUAUCGAAAUGGGAUACUGGGAUGAAAAAGGUGUUCAUUCUACUCGCAGUAAACAGGAACUUGAAAGUUAUUUGUUCAAAUCUAUCGAACAAACUCAUUUCAGGAUUGCCACUAAAGUGGGCGAACCAUACGUGAUAGAAGUGACCGAUGGAUCAACUCGAGGUAUAGUGAUCGAUAAAAAAUAUUACGAAGGAUAUUGCAUAGACGUUAUCGAGAAUAUUUCCAAGAUUCUCAAAUUCAAAUAUUCCUUUAUGUUGGUACCUGAUAAUCAAUAUGGUUCGUACAAUCCCAAAAAAAAAUCUUGGAACGGUUUGAUGAGAUUACUUUUAGAUCACGAAGCUGAUCUUGCAAUAUGCGAUUUAACUAUAACGUCAUCGAGAGAAAGUAUAGUGGACUUUACAAUGCCAUUUAUGAAUCUUGGCAUCAGUAUAUUAUUCAGUAAGGCUGAAGAGAAGGAACCUGAACUUUUUUCUUUUCUAAAACCAUUGUCUACCGACGUCUGGAUAUACAUGGCUACUGCUUAUCUGAUAGUCUCUUUGAUGUUAUACUUACAAGCUAGAAUGGCACCGGGAGAAUGGAACAAUCCUCAUCCAUGUAAUCCUGAUCCCGAGGAACUAGAAAAUAAUUUCGACUUGAAGAAUUCAUUGUGGUUGACUGUAGGCUCGCUUAUGCAACAAGGUUCCGACAUUCUACCGCAAGCGCCAUCGAUACGUAUGGUCGCCGGAAUGUGGUGGUUCUUCACAUUGAUUAUGGUCUCGAGUUACACCGCAAAUUUGGCAGCGUUCCUGACCAUCGAUAAAAUGGAUAAUCCCAUUACAAAUGUCGAGGAACUUGCAAAACAAACUAAAAUCAAAUAUGGUGCGGUUGAUGGAGGAUCGACUUCGGCUUUUUUCAGAGAUUCGAAUUAUUCGACUUAUCAACGUAUGUGGGCAACCAUGGCAGAGGCAAGACCAUCUGUCUUUACAGCAACAAAUGAUGAGGGAGUCGAACGUGUGGUUAAAGAUAAAAGGGCAUAUGCAUUUUUAAUGGAAUCAACGACGAUCGAAUAUAAAAUGGAAAGAAAUUGUGACCUACAACAAAUUGGUUCGUUGAUCGAUAACAAGGGUUACGGGAUAGCUUUGCCACGUAAUUCACCAUACAGAACACCGAUAAGUGGCGCAAUACUUACUCUACAAGAAAAAGGUACAUUGUCGGAAUUGAAAACGAAAUGGUGGCAGGAACGAGGCGGUGGUAAGUGUAAAAAGGAUGAAAGUGAUAAGGAAGCAAAUUCGAUCGAAUUAGGAUUGGCCAAUGUAGGAGGUGUCUUUCUCGUAUUGAUGUUGGGUUGUGCAGCGUCUCUUAUCAUCGCCAUAUUUGAAUUUCUUUGGAACAUACGUAAAGUUGCGGUCGAAGAAAAGAUCACUCCUUGGGAGGCUUUCAUAGCAGAAUUGAAAUUCGCCAUUAAUAUCAGUCUCGAAACAAAACCAGUAAAAAUAUCAAAAAGUAGUAUCGGCACUAGUAGUUCAACGGAAGGUGGUAUUGGUAGAGCAGCAUCAACGGCACGAUCCAUCGUUGGUUCCUUUUUACGAUUGGACAUUUUGGAUAAAUUCGAUAAGGACAACAAUCCUAAUAAUCGCGACAACGAUAGAAAAAUUAAUUGAAUAAAUUUCGACGUGGCAAUUUAAAUUAAUAAUAUGAUUAACGAUAAUGAUUAUUAAAAGAUACGUCGAAAAAUUUAACGAUUGGAUAUUAAUCGUUUAUCUUUUAAAUGGCAAGAAAUAAGAAAAUAAAUAAAUAAAUGAAAGAAAAAAGAAGAAUGAAAAAAAAAAAGAAAAAGAAAAAGAAAAAGAAAAGAGGACAAAAGUCAGAUCACAAAUUCUUUCUCGAUCUUUAAUAUCAAAGGAACGUCACAUUUCCCGAAUGGGUUUCUCUUCAUUUUAUUUCUGAAAGUCACGCAUGAAGUCAUCAGUCUCGAUGUGCCAUCACUAUAACGACAAAGAAAAGAAAGAAAAAGAGAGAAAGAGAGAGAAUCUUCGCUGUAGGUCCAGGACAUAAUCCAAUAAUAUUUGGACUGGGUCACAAUGGCGCUAACGAACCAUGACCUUGGUUUAAGGGCAUUUUAGUUCUGAGAAAUCGCCAACCGCUUUUCCUCAGUCCUUUGUCCAUCCUCAUCCUCCUUUCCUCCCUCCUCAUUUCACCUUUCUCAUAGGAGAGAGUAAAGCGGUAUCUUUGUGUCAUUAUUACCAAGGGAGACGUUCCUUAGGGAUGAAAAGCAGCUUCGCGGAUAGUUUACAGCUGGUCGACGGGAUCUUUGAAAUCUUCUCUUUAUAAAGGUGUCUUCUCUUGGGGAUUGACUUGCUCGACUUAUUCAGAUUAUCUCAUUAUUCCUCAGAACAAAGAAUGUAAUAUCGUAUAUGUUAACAAUAUCCUUGAAAAUGUUUUAAAUAAUUUCAAAGGAAAAAGCAACUUUUAAUCGCACAUAUUUCUAUAUACUACUUUAUUCCAUAACCAUAAUCGAAAUAAUUUCUUAAUGAUUUCACAUAAGUAUUGAAAAAUGAUCACUAUUAAAAAAAAAAAAAAAAUAAAAGGAAAUAUAAGAUUGAAUUGUAAUUCAUAUUAAUCACGAUUUAAAUUAACUUCAGCUUGUGAAUUGUAAAUUAACUUGUGCUUUGUGAAUGAAAAGAAUAAAUAAAAAUAAAAAUAAAAAUAAAAAUAAAAAUAAAAAUAAAAAAGAAAUCAAAAAUAAAAUAUCGUUGUAUUCUCUGAUAAAAACGUAUCGCAAUAUUUUUCUCAAAUAAAUCUCAUAAGACUUUAUCUUUGGAUCAAUAGACGUUACUUUGCAUUUCUUAAUAUUGUAAUCGCAUCUUCUACGUCUUAACCGGACUUUAUUCACUUAAAAUAAAAUGAACACGUCUACGCAUAGAAAUAUUUCCUUACUCUACCUGUCUCUCCCUUUAUUUCUACAUUAUAAAAAGAAAACGUAUAAUCGUUCCUCUUAAAAUUAUUAUAUAGACACAAUUUAUUUCGAAUAUUGAGGAAUGCAAUUAUGUUCAAUUCCUAAUUGUCGAAUGUUGUUCAAAGUUAUGGAAAAAAAUAAAUUUAC